CCCGCCUCCUCUGGACCGCACCCCGACUGACAACGCAAAGAGCGAAUUUAACUAGCCAGUGGAAGAAAGAAGGAAAAGGAAAGAGAAAAAAAGAGAGUGAGGGAGAGCAAGAGAGGGAAGAAGAGAACACUAUAGUUUGAUCCGAGUUCUUUGCGAGGCUGCUGUCGACUGAAAAUAAGUUUGUUUCGCGGCGACACGGAGACAGACUCAGCCACCGGUUGUAGCUAGCCAACCCCAAAAGCCUCUGCAUCUCAACAGCAGCAACCAUGGCGACGGACGCAGACAAGUUCCUGUACGUGGACCGCAACAUGGUCAACAACCCUCUGGCCCAGGCAGACUGGGCCACCAAGAAGCUGGUGUGGGUGCCGUCGGAGCGGCUGGGCUUCGAGGCGGGAUCUGUGAAGGAGGAGCGAGGUGAAGAGUGCCUGGUGGAGCUGGCAGACUCUGGCAAGAAGGUGAAAGUCAACAAGGACGACAUCCAGAAGAUGAACCCGCCCAAGUUCAGCAAGGUGGAAGACAUGGCCGAGCUCACCUGCCUGAAUGAGGCCUCUGUGCUGCACAACCUCAAGGAGAGAUAUUACUCUGGCCUCAUCUACACAUACUCUGGGCUCUUCUGUGUGGUUAUAAACCCCUAUAAGAAUCUGCCCAUCUACUCAGAAGAGAUUGUGGAUAUGUACAAGGGCAAGAAGAGGCAUGAAAUGCCCCCCCAUAUUUAUGCCAUCACUGACACGGCCUACAGGAGCAUGAUGCAGGACCGUGAAGACCAGUCCAUUCUUUGCACAGGAGAGUCUGGUGCUGGGAAGACAGAGAACACCAAGAAGGUCAUUCAGUAUCUGGCCCAUGUGGCCUCUUCCCACAAGACCAAGAAAGACCAGACCAGCUCGUUCCUGUCACAUGGUGAGCUGGAGAAGCAGCUGCUGCAAGCUAACCCCAUCCUGGAGGCCUUUGGAAACGGCAAGACUGUGAAGAACGACAACUCCUCCCGAUUCGGAAAAUUCAUCAGGAUUAACUUCGACGUCAACGGAUACAUCGUGGGGGCCAACAUUGAAACCUACCUGCUGGAGAAGUCCCGUGCCAUCCGCCAGGCCAAAGACGAGAGGACCUUCCACGUCUUCUAUUACAUGCUCACUGGUGCUGGAGACAAACUGCGCUCCGAGCUGUGUCUGGAGGGCUACAACAACUACCGCUUCCUGGUCAAUGGAAACGUGACCAUCCCUGGCCAGCAGGAUAAGGACCUGUUCACCGAGACCCUGGAGGCCUUUAGGAUCAUGGGCAUUCCAGAGGAUGAGCAGAUUGGUCUCCUGAAGGUGGUGUCUUCAGUGCUCCAGCUGGGCAACAUGAGCUUUAAGAAGGAGCGCCAUUCAGACCAGGCCUCCAUGCCUGACGACACAGGUACAGCAAACCUUUAUGUGGGCUGGUUUGAUCCUAAAAAUGAGAUCCUAGUAUCUGUCAAUUACACUCUACUGACCAGCAGAUUAUACACUUCAGUCCACCAGAAUUAACUAAUCAAAUCAGUU